UGAGGGAGAAGGAAGAGAGUAGAGACACUACAGAGGAAAACAGAGAUACUUGGGUAUAACUCGAGCUGUCACUAUCAGAGAUAUAAACCGAGCGAGAAACUUAGUAGAAAAAAAGACACCAGAGCAGAGAUGAGAUUUGUAAUAUCAUUCAUGGGAUCUGCGCUGUACAUUGUGUAACCUAAACUUACAAGAAACCUUCAGGUUUCCAUUUGCCCAGCCAUUUCGAGACUUCAAGGGUUAAAAUGCAUUUUUUAAUAACUGUCAUGUGAUCUCAUCCUGUUGCUUAUAAGACUUGGCAAUGUUUCCUGCUCGCAUCACUGAAAACGGACCAGAUUCCAGAGAGGUGAAACAGAGAAUUACAAAGAGGUUAGCUAGUUCACUCCGAGCUCUUCAGAUCCGCUAUGUCACAACAGACGACACAGUCACCAGCGAUGAUGAUGAUGCCAACAGGCUAUGUGUAGCUCUGGAAGCAGUGUUUAUUCAUGGGAUCAAAGCAAAAUUCAUUAAAUCACAGACAGAAAGAAGGACGGGAAGGAAUAAGGGACGUCAUGCUCCUCUCCCCCAGCCCGCUUUCUGGCCUUUGCUAAAAGCUAUAACACAUCGGAAUGUGAUCACAGAUCUGGAGAAAGUGGGUUACAUUAACACAGAUGUCGGCCGAUGCCGCUCCUGGUUACGCCUGGCACUUAAUGACUCUCUGAUUGAAUGCUAUUUCAUCUCAUUGCAACGGGAAAAGGCCUGGCUACAGGAGUAUUAUCAGCCAUUUGCAUUGCUUUUGGAUGCUGAAGGCUGUGAUGUAGUUCUCUCUUAUCUGCAAGGUUUCGCCACCUUGACUUUCUCUCUUUCCUACAAAUCUUCUGUAUUAAAUGAAUGGACAGCUACUCCUCUCUCGUUAUCUGGGCUUUGGUGGGAUGAAGCUGAGCAUAGUGAGCCUCGUAGGAGGAAGUCCUUGGACUCAGUGUCUCAGUCAUCCAGUUCUGAUGACACCACCAGCUCCAUGAUAAAUGAAAACAAGUGCCAUCUGCAAACCUCUUCCCCAAGAACGGACACCAACAGCUCAUCAUCUCAGCUAUCCUCCAGCUUGGGUUCGGAUGGCCAGCUACAGACCAGUGGUGCAACAAGCCCUAUCCAUCUUGGACCUUCUGUUCAUCUUUCGGGUGAUGAGGAAGACACAAAGGAAUCUGACAGACUAUCCUCAGAAGAUCUAGAGUUUGGAUUGUCUUCUGUUUCUGUACCUCACACAACAGUCACUGAGGCUAAAUCAGAAACCAAAAAGAUGACCCCAGGUGAUUUGAACUGUCAGGACAAAUAUGGUUUCACCCAAAAUGACUUACCUGAAAGCCAUGUUACAGGUAGCAAAGAUCAUAAUGACACCUUUGUGGACCAUAAGAGGGACCGUCUUGCUAAGCAGGUAGACUCUGAAUCACCUCUUGGGCUGCAGCCCACACCUAUAGAGAGUUUUUUUCAAGACAACUGUAUUCAAAUAGACACAAAACAUCUGAGUAAAAGACAUUCAUGCAAAAAGGUGCCAGCGUUUGAAAAUGACACAAACCUGAUAGCUGACUCAUCAUCAACCGCAAUGCUUCCUGUGAUUAAUAAUAAACCUGAGAAGCCACAACAUCUGCCCCCAGCUUCCCAAAAGGAAGAUCAGGAGAACAUGCAGCAGAUAUUACAUGAAUCAGUGUCUUCACAAAUACCUAAGAGCCAGGGCAGUUCUCAGAAAGAUACAGAGCAGACAUCCGUUUCAUCUGGUUCCCUCUUUGCUGCAAGUGAGGCUUUACCUCAGGAAGACACACAACACAGUUUGGAUCAUUCUUCUGAGCUUCCUAAAAGCAGAAGCUGGAUUUCAGAAGAGGAUUUUCAGAGAGUUUCUACUCCUGGAGACCAAUCGAAGCCUGGAGAUAUGUACCCCUCCCAGCCUCCUAACAACUCAUCCGAUGAACGUCUGAACCAAGCCUUUAAUGUCAUUCACAGAAGGCAGAUAGGUCUCACAAACCCUUUCCGAGGUCUCCUAAUGCUGGGCUAUUUGGAGCGCAGGAAUACAUUGGGUUUGUAUAAGAGCUACUACUGCGAGCUGUCUCCUUAUGAGUUCCGUCUGUAUCUGAAGGGAGAUGACCGAAUACUCUUUGAGAACUGUUCUUUACUUCGUUGUGAGUCUGUAGGCGCAGCACAGAGUGAUGGCCGUUUUGAGUUGCACUUUCCUGUAAAGAAGCUGUUUUUACGAGCCCCAUCAAAAGGUGAAGCCCAGGAUUGGGUUGACAGGAUUCAGGAAGCUCUGCAGAGUUUACGCCCUCGGCAGGAGGAAUCUUGGGAGAUUCUUAAGUAUCCUGAGUCCCCUCAAACAAUUUCGGAAAAGAAAAUGUGGCCUCCUGGUGAGGACAAAACCACUUCUUUGGGGACAGAGGGUUUUGAUUGGGUUUCUCCAAUAGAUGUGGAGCCUGAUGCUUUAAAAGAAUCCAUUUUAUAUAUGAAGAUGCAUAAAAAAUGGACUCGUUGCAUCUUUUCACUGUCAGAGAAAAUGUUAAAGUGUUUCUUACCUAAAGCCUCUGAGAAACUAUUGCACGGAACUUUCAGCAUGGACAUAGUGAAGGAUAUUCUACCAGAUUCCAGUCUCGGCAAUGCAUCGUGUUUCAGAUUAGUGACCUCCAAGGGAUCCUUACAGCUGCAGGCAGAGAGCCCUUUAGAGGCCAAAACAUGGAGAGAACUUGUCCGUGCUGCUUUCUUGGAAUCUGCAGAUGAGUCAUUAAUCAUUGGAACUGUAAACUUUCCUAUAAAGUCACAUAUAAGGGAACAUCCUCUUUUCCAGCACCUUCUGCACAUCCCCACUGAAGGAGGUCUGGAUGCCCAGAAUUUUAAGUGUUCAGGUUGUUCUAAACAGAUUGGAUUUCAUUUUGGGAAAGCCAAACUUUGUGGCUAUUCAGGAUUGUAUUACUGUGAGCUGUGUCACAAGGAUGAAGAGUCUAUCAUCCCUUCCAGGAUAAUACACAACUGGGACCUCAGUAAACGACCAGUUUCAAGAGCAGCUUUGAACUUUCUAAACAUGGUGCAUACUGAGCCACUAAUGAACGUGAACUCUCUGAAUGCUCGUCUGUACCACCACUCACAAUCUAUGUAUGAUAUCAGCCGUCACCGAGAGAAACUACGUCUGCUGGGGGAGUAUCUUGUCACGUGUCGCAGUGGCGCAUGGCAGGAGAUGAGCAAGAGUUUGGAGAAUCGUAAUUAUCUGAUGGAUUGUGCGGACAUGUACAGUGUAUAUGACCUCAGACAGAUUGCAGAUGGAGAGUUUGGAUCUUUCCUUGAAACACUCAUGCAAUUUGCAUCUCGCCAUGUAUAUAACUGUGACCUCUGCAGCCAGAGAGGUUUUAUCUGCCAGUUUUGUGAUCAAGAUGAUAUAAUCUACCCAUUUGAAUUUGAUACAACCACAAGAUGCGGUGACUGUAAAGCGGUCUUCCAUAGACCUUGUGCUCUUCAGGGACUUGAGUGUCCUCGAUGCGUGAGACGGAAAAAAUACCAUAAUCAAUUUAAUAUAUGAAUUAUGAUGAGAGUUGCAAAUUCUUUUUUUUUUUUUUUUUUGAACCAACGAAAUUUUUGGAAGACUAGGGAAUUAACUUGCUUCUACAGUGACGUUGAAGAGACAGUAUCCCAAAAUGGAAGCCCUGCCAACCGUGUCUGUAAUAUUCAUAGACAAAAAGCCUGUAAUGGAAGCAUUUGUCCAUUAAAACCUUAAACUGAUUUUGAUGCUUUGCUCACCAUUUGACAGAUAUGGAUGCAACACAGCAAAACAUCAAUCUCUUAUUAACAGUAAAAAAACAAAAACCUUAGAAAUAUGUAUAUUUUAUACAUACUGUGCACUUAUUUACACUACUUCAGAAGCAUUAAACCUGUCAUGGAAAGACUGUUAAAAUAAAUAUGUACAAAACUAAUCUUUUGUACUGUCAGAAACAAAAAGUACUUGGUCAUAAAAGAUGUGCUGUAUGCAGAAUGUUUUGUGGAUUUGUUACAUAGUGUAAGCCUGCACUUGUAUCACAUGAUCCACUUCAUUAUUGGGGACAAUGUGUUGCACAAAUGUGCUUAAGACUGCAAACGGAGUACCAGUAUGAACAUCUUACAUUUCAAAUAUACUUUCUCCUCUAUGGAGGCUUAUGCUGCUAAACUGCAACUGGAAUAAUUGGGGUAAUAAAUGCUGCAGGUAAUGGCACAGAAGUUAGUCCUAACUUACCUAUUCAUGAAGGUGCUCUGACUAGCAUUAUCCUGCUAUAAUUCACAUUUUGUACAACUUUAUAAAUAAUUGUUCUUUUGCUUUUUCAGUCUUCCUUUAAGUAAACAAAUUCUUGCCAAGAAAUUACUGACCAUACUAAUCCAUUCAUCAAGUAUUUUGUUUUUUUUGUUCUUGUUAUAGAUUCAGAAGUUAAGGCUGCCUGAAAUAAUUUUUUAAAUAAUUUUAUUGAGAUUUACUAGCUGAAAAUGGAUUUGUAAAUACAAUAAUCAUUUCCGGUUUGUGAAGUUGCGAAUUACUUUUCCAUUACUAUAUCUGUAUGUAAGUGUAGCCAUGUGCCUUUUCACUAACUUACUAUAGAAAUCAGAAAGGUUAUAUUGUAUAAUCCUGAGCCAGGCUCACUUUAUAUAUAGAAAUUGUUCCAACAAACUUUCCAGUCCACGCGUUUUGCAAAAACUAAGUUGUCAUUUUGAUCAUUAGAUCAUUGUAUAAUCAUGCAUUUUUUUGUAUGCAGAGACUAGACUGUGAAUAAGUCCAUUAAUGUGUUUUACCAGUCCCUCCAAGGAGAAAUCAAAGGAAACUUCUCAGCAGACCACCAUCCAAUCACUAUUUGAGAAGUGGUCUAGAUGCACAUUGUUAUUGACAUGGCCCAGUCUAUAGUGUAAUAAACCUACAUAUGUCACCAACCAUUAACCUCUCCUGCCCACCAUAUAAACAGAGACUUGAUAGACCAAUGGAUAGUCACUUCAGCUUUUCAGUUUCUCCUUUUUGCUAAAGAUAUAGUACAAUAAAUGUAACACUUUGGUCUGCUUGUCUAUCCAACCCGAUCUAUUAUUAGAGUCUUGACUUUAUGUAGUCAGUCUAAAACAGUUCAACCAAUUUAACGAUUGCUACAGCUUUAUGACCGUCAGACCCUUGCAUACACAGUGAUUUGAUGGACUUUAUACUUGUGCAUUUUGUUAUCGUUCAGAUUUUUUUUAAUGAAUUAACAAUCUUUUCAUUGAGAUAAUUAAAGUGCCAUUCAUUAUUUAGUUGUGAUCAAAGACUCUGAAUACCAAAAAAUGCACAUGUAUAAUAGACAUUACCUUUGAUCUAUACUUCCCAAACUGUUUUCAUAGAACCCCUAUGGUGCAUGAAAAAGUACCAUAAAAAGUUUCUCUCUUUUUAAACUAAUAUAUAAGGGCAAGCACAGCAUAAUUUACAUUUAUUUAUAGUUUAUCAGUUUUUAGUGUUGUGUAGGAAAUAUAUAGUUCUAAAGAGUUGACAUAUAGAUAUUUGUUAUUAUUGUGACGUAGGCAUUUAAGGAUCCUUCCAAGAUGAUAUGGAUUCCGUUUGAGUUAUUUUAUGGGGUUUUGCACUUCCUUCAGUAAAUUUAAUUUGAAGUCAGCCAUGGACUUCGUCACUCAAUUAGUUUGGGGAACACUGUCAUAAAUAUUGUAGUUUUCCAUAUAUUUCUAGUACGGCCUUGGACUGAAAGUGGCCAUUAUUUUUCUGGUUUUGUUAGAUUUCAAAUUUUCCAAGGUAUCUAUCACAAUGAUUACUGUAGGAGAGAAAUAAACCUUUCCUAUAACAUGUGUGCCAAACUCAAUUAGCCUGAUUCUUAUUGAAGACAAAGGUUUUACUGUAUGGAGGAAAUAUAUGUUUCAAUCUAAUCUUUAAAAAUGUUAAAUGUUUAUCAGGAAUAACUGCUUAAUCUUUUGUUCAUAAAUUAUUGAUUAAAUAAAGAGUCAGUUUAACUGUUGUGUCAGAAAAA